GUCACCGUUGCUACAAAAAUCCCCAAUUUCCCUUGACGGAUCUACGAUAGGGUUUGGAUCUCGAGUCUCGAUUGGGGUUUCGAAUUCGUUUUCACAAAGCUGGAUUCGAAUACCUCUGAAUUCUCCUUUGUUGGAGUGAGCGAAGGGAUUAGUUUCAGAAAUGUUGACGAAAUUUGAGACGAAGAGCAAUAGAGUGAAAGGUUUGAGCUUCCACAGCAAGAGGCCAUGGAUCUUGGCGAGUCUUCACAGCGGCGUCAUCCAGCUAUGGGACUACCGAAUGGGCACUCUCAUUGAUCGAUUCGAUGAGCACGAUGGACCUGUUCGGGGCGUCCAUUUUCAUAAGUCGCAGCCACUUUUCGUUUCCGGAGGUGAUGAUUACAAAAUCAAGGUAUGGAAUUAUAAAUUGCACCGAUGCCUAUUCACGCUUCUUGGCCAUCUUGAUUAUAUCCGAACUGUUCAAUUUCAUCAUGAGUAUCCCUGGAUAGUAAGUGCCAGUGAUGACCAGACAAUUAGAAUAUGGAAUUGGCAAUCAAGAACUUGCAUCUCUGUCUUAACCGGCCACAAUCACUAUGUCAUGUGUGCCUCAUUUCACCCCAAAGAAGAUUUGGUUGUUUCAGCCUCUUUGGAUCAGACUGUUCGUGUUUGGGAUAUUGGUGCCUUGAGAAAGAAAACUGUAUCCCCUACAGAUGAUAUUCUGAGAUUGCCCCAAAUGAAUACCGAUCUCUUUGGUGGGAUAGAUGCUGUUGUGAAAUAUGUUUUGGAGGGUCAUGAUCGAGGGGUUAAUUGGGCUUCUUUCCACCCAACUCUACCUCUGAUUGUUUCUGGCGCAGAUGAUCGGCAAGUGAAAAUAUGGCGCAUGAAUGAUACAAAGGCCUGGGAAGUGGACACAUUGAGGGGGCAUACGAACAAUGUUUCUUGUGUUCUGUUCCAUUCAAGGCAGGACAUAAUUGUAUCAAAUUCUGAAGACAAGAGUAUUAGAGUUUGGGAUGCAACUAAAAGAACAGGCUUGCAGACCUUCCGAAGGGAGCAUGACAGGUUCUGGAAUCUUGUAGCCCAUCCAGAGAUAAAUCUUUUGGCUGCCGGCCAUGACAGCGGCAUGAUUGUUUUUAAGCUGGAGAGAGAACGUCCUGCUUUUUCUCUCAGUGGUGAUUCAGUCAUCUAUGUUAAGGACCGUUUUAUACGCUCCUUUGAGUAUUCAACUCAGAAAGAUACCCAGCUGAUACAGAUCCGUCGUCCAGGUUCGAGUGGCUUGAAUCAAGGACCUCGAACUCUAUCUUAUAGCCCUUCUGAGAAAGCUGUUUUAAUUUGUUCUGAUGUGGAUGGGGGUUCAUACGAGCUCUAUGUCAUCCCAAAGGAUGGGUAUGGGAGAUCCGAUGUAGCACAGGAUGCAAAAAGAGGUGUUGGGGGGUCGGCAGUUUUUGUGGCUCGAAAUAGGUUUGCUGUGCUCGAGAAGACAAGCAACCAGAUUCUGGUCAAGAACCUGAAAAAUGAAAUUGUGAAAAAGAGUGUUUUGCCUAUUGCUACAGAUGCUGUGUUCUAUGCGGGUACGGGAAAUCUGCUUUGCAGGUCCGAGGACAAGGUUGUCAUCUUCGAUCUCCAACAAAGGAUUAUUCUUGGGGAUCUCCAGACGCCUUUUGUUAGGUACGUCGUUUGGUCUCAUGAUAUGGAGUCUGUUGCUUUACUGAGCAAGCACUCAAUUGUUAUUGCUGAUAAAAAGCUUGUGCACCGUUGCACACUUCAUGAGACAAUUCGAGUCAAAAGUGGAGCUUGGGAUGAUAAUGGUGUUUUUAUCUACACUACACUGACUCACAUUAAGUACUGCCUUCCUAAUGGCGAUUGUGGAAUCAUCAAGACGCUCGAUGCUCCACUAUAUUUAUCGAAAAUAUAUGGGAACACGAUCUUUUCCUUGGACAGAGAUGGGAAGAACUGCCCUAUGAUCGUCAACUCAACUGAAUAUAUAUUUAAGCUUUCCUUAUUGAGAAAGAGAUACGAUCAAGUUAUGGGGAUGAUAAAAAAUUCCGAACUGUGCGGGCAAGCAAUGAUCUCUUAUCUUCAGCAGAAGGGCUUUCCGCAGGUGGCACUUUACUUUGUAAAGGAUGAAAGAACUCACUUCAACCUAGCCCUUGAAAGCGGUAACAUCGAGAAGGCUCUCGAAGCUGCUAAAAAGAUUGACGAGAAAGAUUACUGGUACAGAUUGGGCGUGGAGGCUCUUCGGCAGGGAAAUGCCGGGAUUGUUGAGUAUGCAUACCAGAAAACGAAGAACUUCGAGAGGCUAUCUUUUCAUUAUUUAAUAACUGGUAAGCUCGACAAGUUAUCGAAAAUGAUGAAAAUUGCUGAAGUGAAAAAUGAUAUUAUGGGCCAGUUUCACGACGCAUUGUAUCUCGGCGACGUGCAGGAGCGAGUUCAGAUUCUGGAGAACGUCGGCCACUUGCCCCUGGCUUAUGUUACGGCUGCUGUCCACGGUUUCCGUGAUAUAGCCGAGCGUUUAGCUUCCGAAUUAGGGGAAAAUGUUCCGAAUCUUCCAGAAGGAAAGAAAGCUUCUCUUUUAAUACCACCUCCUCCAGUACUGUCUGCUGGAGAUUGGCCUUUGUUGAUGGUCAGUAAAGGCAUCUUCGAGGGCGGCCUGGACGAUACUGGCAAGGAAGAAGACGAGUACUAUGAAGAGGCUAGUGCUGAUUGGGGCGAGUCUUUGGACAUCGGCGAGGCAGACAACUUGCAGAAUGGUGAUAUUACCGUCGUGCUCGAUAAAGAUACGCCCGAGGCGAAUGACGAGGAAGGCGGAUGGGAUCUCGAGGACCUGGAUCUGCCUCCCGACGCAGAAACCCCGAGGGCGUCUAAAGGACCGUCCGUAUUCGUUACCCCUACGACGGGUAUGCCUGUAAGCCAGAUAUGGGUCCAGAAAUCAUCGCUUGCUGCCGACCACGCGGCUGCCGGAAACUUCGAUACCGCUAUGCGAUUAUUGAGCCGUCAGCUGGGGAUACGCAAUUUUGCCCUGUUGAAACCGCUAUUUGUCGAUGUUCACUUGGGCAGCCACAGUUUCUUGCGCGCGUUUGCUUCAGCGCCGGUGAUUUCACUCGCAGUCGAGCGGGGUUGGAGUGAAUCGGAAAGUCCGAAUGUUCGACGCCCGCCGGCUCUCGUCUACAAUUUCUCGCAGCUGGAAGAGAAACUCAAGGCUGGAUACAAGGCUACGACUGCCGGAAAAUUUUCGGACGCACUUCGACAUUUCAUGUCGAUUCUUCACACGGUUCCGCUCGUCGUGGUCGAAACGCGACGGGAAGUCGACGAAGUCAAGGAGCUGAUCAUCGUCGCGAAAGAAUACGUUCUCGGGUUGAAGAUGGAGCUGAAACGACGGGAACUGAAAAAUGACCCGGCCCGACAGCAGGAACUCGCUGCGUAUUUCACCCACUGCAACCUCCAGCUCCCGCACGUAAGACUCGCGUUGCAGAACGCGAUGACGGUUUGCUUCAAGGCGAAGAAUCUGAGCACUGCCGCCAAUUUUGCGCGGCGACUUCUCGAGGCGAAUCCGAGCAACGAGAACCAGGCGAAAACGGCUCGCCAGGUUCUGCAGGCGGCCGAGAGGAAUAUGACGGACGCGACAGAGCUGAACUACGACUUUAGAAAUCCUUUUGUCGUGUGUGGGGCGACGUAUGUCCCGAUUUACCGAGGGCAGAAGGACUUCGCGUGCCCGUACUGCACCGCACGUUUUGUCCCGGAUCGACAUGGCCAGCUCUGCGCCGUCUGCGAUCUGGCGGUUGUCGGAUCGGAUGCAUCGGGAUUAGUGUGUUCGCCGGCACAGGUAAGGUAAUGUAUAGAGAAACUUUUUUCUUGAGUUCAUCAUACAUAGAUAUAUAUAUAUAUAUAUACACAGAUAUACAUAGAUACAUUUGGUUCGUAUAUGAUUAGAUGUGUAGUGAAUAAAAUUUGGUGUUAGAUUUUGAUUUGGAGUGUAUAUUGCCGUAGUGUUUUUGCAGUGUAAUGCAUAGUUAGUUUUAUACAGCUCUUGACUUUA